AUGCUGUGCCAGAGGCGCAUGCAGGUGGUGCUGGCCCUGUGCUUGCUGCUGGUCCUGUGGCAAUGCUUCCAAGCCCCCAGGGGUGGCAUCAGCCCCUUCCCUCAGGCUCCUUCCCACCUUGAUGCCCCUGCUGCCUACUGCACCACCAGCACCAACGGCUCCAUGUGGUUCAAUGCCCGCUACAACAGGACCAUGGGGCCUCUGCUGACAGGCAGAGCUCAUGAGCUCCCCUCCGACGUGGUUCAGUGGUGGCUGACACUGCAGGGUCCAUCGAGGGGUGUCCAGCUCCAGGCCAUACUUUGGCAGCUCUUCACUGUGCUUCCAGCUCCAACCGGCAGCUUGUGGGACCCAAAUCACUGCAGGACUUGUGCGGUGGUGGGGAACUCCAGGUGGCUGAAGGACUCGGGCCAUGGGCUGCGGAUUGAUGCACACGACUGGGUGCUGAGAAUGAACAGGGCAAAGAUUGCUGGCUUUGAGCUGGAUGUUGGCAUGAGAACAACCCAUCACUUCAUGUAUCCAGAGAGUGCAGUGGACCUUGAGCCUGGCGUCCACCUCAUCCUCGUCCCCUUCAAGCCACUGGACCUGCAGUGGGUGGCCAGCGCCUUCUCCACUGGAGAGCUCACACACACAUACACAAGAGUGAAACGGUUCAUCAAAGCAGACAGAAACAAGGUGCUGAUCCUGAGCCCAGCUUUCCUUAAGUACAUCCAUGACAACUGGACUCAGCACCACGGGCGAUACCCCUCCACCGGCUUCACAGCCCUGCUCUUUGCCCUGCAUGCCUGCCAGCAGGUCUCCGUCUUUGGUUUCGGAGCAGACACCAAGGGGAACUGGCACCACUACUGGGAGAAAAACCGCUGGUCCGGAGCCUUCCGCAGGACAGGGGUCCAUGAUGCUGACACUGAAUUCAGCCUCAUCGAGAGACUGGCAGCUGAAGGCAGGAUUUUAUUCCACAGAUGAUGCAUUUCCAGGAGACUGAAGCCAGGCUGUUAGUGCAGGAACUGGCAGCUCCUCCCGCUCUUAAGCUUGCUUGCACUGGUCCCACCAGCUGGACACUGUGGGUGCCACACUCCCAUGUCACGAGAUGUUGCACAUGGCUGGACAUGGCUCUGCCCAUUAUGGUUGGAAGAGGAGAGACAUGAAGCUGGAAGUGCAUGUGGAGCCUAUGAGCUGCUGUGCGCACCCCUGCAGUGGCUACAAAGCCAGUGGGUGACAGCAGUGGUGGUAGCUGUCUGCAUGAUGGAGCUUUUGGGGGAUGUUCAUAGUUGUUCUUUAGGCAGUCUUUUUAUAACUAAGGAAAAAACUCUGAAGCUCUAUCAAAGAAGAAAGGAAGUCAAGCAAGCUGUCUGAAGACAGCAGAAUCAAGUGCAGUUAAACUGAUCUUUGAAUAAACUUUGAGAACACAGGUGAAUCUAUUAUUAUUUGCUCUGUUACUGAGCUAUUGGUGCUUUGGGAAGACAGCACAAACUGCCUCAGCUCCAUCUGCAGAACAAGACUGCAGAC